UGUCUUCAUCAGCAUCACCCCUCUCCGCAUUACCAUAUCUACUGUUUAUCUCUUCAACCAUAAUCAUUCAUCUUCUCUCUUUCAAGAAAGCUCUAUCGUCCUCUUCUCUCUUCUUCUUCUAACACCCACCGCCUCAUUUUUUUUUUCUCUGUUAUAAAUAAUCCAUCCUUUCUCUUGUUAUGGACUCUUCUCUCUCAAUCUUGCAUUUAUAUAUUUAUUUUUAAUUCAUAUUCCGUCUCACCUCUUUUUAUCAUUGCCAUUACUAAAUUUAUUUCUUUCUAAAACACAACUGUUUCAAUGACGCGACUCUUUCGAUCUAAAUCUUGCGGACUUAUUGGGCUCACGGAGUUCAAUUCCGCUCCUCCCACUCCAUUUUUUAACCAUGGCAGCAAAAACAACGACGAUGGUGACGAAGAAGAAGACGACGACGAGGACUUUGAAUCGGAGGAUGAGACUGGUGGUUAUCUUAUUUCGAGAAAUUCCAACUCUACCCCGUUUAUAAGUCCAGGAUUGAGAUUCGGAGGAGGGAGAAAUGAGGGGCAACGUGGUAAUUCUGCACGGAGCCAUCCGAACGGUAACCAAUUUCAGAUUCUGGAUAUUUUGGUGGCCGCUUUGAGGAAGUCGUUGGUUACAUGCAAUGUUGAAAGAGAAGAUGUUGUAUCUUCGAUGGAUAUUAGUUGGCCAACUGAAGUUAAACACGUGUCACACGUGACUUUCGAUAGGUUUAAUGGCUUUCUUGGUUUGCCUACUGAGCUUGAGCCUGAGGUUCUAAGCAGAGCUCCCAGCGCCAGUGUAAGCGUAUUUGGAGUUUCUGCCAAGUCCAUGCAGUGUUCUUAUGAUGACAGAGGGAACAGUGUGCCAACAAUUCUUCUCAUGAUGCAGAAACAUUUAUAUUCAGGAGGAGGCCUUAAAGCUGAAGGAAUAUUCCGAAUAAAUGCUGAGAACAGCCAAGAAGAAUUUGUGCGAAACCAACUUAACAAGGGUGUAGUGCCUCAUGGAAUUGAUGUCCACUGUUUGGCGGGUUUGAUAAAGGCAUGGCUUAGAGAACUUCCAACAGGAGUACUUGAUUCUCUCACACCUGAACAGGUGAUGCACUGCAACACAGAAGGUGACUGCACUCAACUUGUGAAGUUACUUCCUCCAACAGAAGCUGCUCUGCUUGAUUGGGCUAUCAACUUGAUGGCAGAUGUUGUGCAGCAUGAACAGUACAACAAGAUGAAUGCACGCAACAUUGCUAUGGUUUUUGCACCAAACAUGACUCAGAUGGCAGAUCCCUUGACUGCCUUAAUUCAUGCUGUGCAAGUAAUGAACUUCCUUAAGACACUCAUCUUAAAAACCAUUCGCGAGAGGGAGGAAUCAGCUGGCAAGUCUAGGUUGCUCUCAUCACGUUCUGAUUCAUCCAGUAAUAUGAAUGAUUCCCAUUCAUCAAACAUUAGCAAGAGGAAUUCCUUUGAUGUAACCAAGGAUUCUUCUGCCUCUGAAGGGCCUGCCAUUGACAAGUUCAUGAGGGCUACCACUUUGGGUAGACUGGAAUAUGAAACUGAGAACUUCUGGAGAUUUGAGAAGAAGAGUGAUGGAGAAGAGGAAUUUGAGUCUGUAUCAGGUAGCAGCACGCCUGUAAUGUGUGAGACGGGGGCAUUAGCAAAUGGAUAUGAUAAUGGAGACUGGCUAAGUUUAAGAAAAGGAGUGAGGAGGCUAUGCAAACAUCCUGUAUUUCAGUUGGGGAAGCCAACAAAGACGACCAUAAAUCUUGGGAUUGUAAAUACUACUGAAGGGGGUGAGAAGCAUGGAAAUGAUAUGCUGUACACUUAACGUAUCUUUGUAUGUACAAUUUCUGUCUUUAGAUCACUUGUUUGUGAUGGUGUUAGCAUAGAUAUUAGUGUCUGGUUAAUUUUCUAUUCAGAAAAGGAAAUUCUGGAAGUUGCUGUUUGUUUAAUCACCCUAACUGUUGCUCUAGUUAUAUAGAUAGACAAUAAAUCUUAAGGAAAGGCCUGGCUCUCUCCUUUUAUGGUAACGUUUUGUUACACUGAAACUGGAAAAUUUAAGAAGACUGUUUAUCCUUCA